UUUACUUCUGCCUGGUCGGCUUCCAGAGCGUCUUCCGAACCAGAGGCCACGGCGCAUUCACGAUAUCUCUUCUCUCUCCGUUCUCGCUUUACAAGCCUUCCUCGACCAUACGACUGGGUCGCCCCUUUCCGGCUGCCUCGAUCUUUACGUAGGAUUCGAGUCUUCUUUCACGUGUGUGCGUGCGUGCACCCGUACCAAUUAGCGCAUACUUCGGCCCUCGGUGUUCGGCUGAUCCUAACGUUGGCCCAGUCGGUCGCUUUCGGUGGCCAGAGUCCAGAACAGAAACCGCGGCCACGGAAUGGAACGAAUCGUUCCAAGGUUGUUGUUUCACAUUUCGGCAUCUUCUGAAAGUCUUAGCUUCCGAGGAGAAAGGAAACUAUCGCGCGGUUCCUAUGACUGUAGGUUGCAACGGGCGCAAAUGGUCAGCUUGUUCGCGAACAGGUGGCGAUUACAGAUUAUCACGGGCUGAUGAGAAAGAAUAGGGAUGUAAAAGGUGUAGAGCUACCUGGGAUUACGCGGUGUUUCGGAUACACUCGACGACACCGAGUAGCGGGAUUAUCACGCGGCUAGCAAAAAAAGUGACGGUUUUGCGACGAGGCUUCCCUUUAGAUUUUCGUAACGGUUCUGGCAAGCUGUUUCACGGCGCAAGAUUAAGUAUACACCACUGUGGGAGCUAAGUAAUAACUGCCAAUGGAAUUAGAGACGCUGUACGGUCGCGUAUGCUAGAUGGGAUAUACGUGACUAUACGUCGACGCGAUUUUUAUCGGUAGACUGAUGAUGGGAUAUCUAUAGACACGGAAGCGAAGUAUAGGAAGAGAGUCAUUGGUGUAUCGGUGUUUAGAUUCCCCUUGGAGAAAAUUGUCGUAAGAGAUAAUCCAUCGACGCGCUAACUCGAUGAUGCUGAGAAUUUGUAGGAAUAAAUAGAUACAUGUAUAAAUUCAUCGAUGUCAUCAAUCAUACAUCGUACUCGCGAUUCGAUUGUUACGCAUUCGAUCCGUCAUUCACUCUCGACGUACUGAACCUCCAAAAAUUCCCGGUAUGAGAAUUAUUACAUACAUAUAAAAUAUCAUCCUACCUUCUUCUGGAUCUUCUGUCGAUGCUAAUUAUUUUCAACACCAUCCAAUUCCAAGAUGUCCUGUUUCGGUGGUAGCGACGAUCAAAUCUACAUGGUCGAAAUCCUGAUUCACAAGUUGACGUUGACAAAGAGUAAAAUCAAAGACAUCGGUGAAUAUCCAGUUACGGUGAAGGUCUCGUUUCUUGAUUUCCCCACAUUUGAGAUUACGCAGCACGACUUUUACUCGGUGAAACCACCACCACCAACCGAGGAUGGCACCUUAUACUUCAUGAUAGGCAGAAGUUGUCUGUUUAUCAAGCAACCGAAACACCUGGUAGCAGAAUUACAAUCAACUGCGAUGAAAGUCGGUGUGUUUCGCCUUGGGGACACAUAUCCCAUUGCUGAAACCGAAAUAACGUUACCUGGUUGUUUAUGUGAUCAAGUAGCAAUGGCUCAAAACGAUCCAGAAAAUCUGCCAAAACCGUUCAAGGUAAAAGGUAGUUUCAAUCUGCUGGAUCCUGGCGAAAAUCCCUCAGGAACAUUGGAAAUGGAAAUGAGGAUGUCGUGUUUCGGUAGCUCGAUCAUGACUCACUAUGAACUACAUCCUAAGUUCUUCGCCUUUAGGAAUAAGGGCCGGGAAAGAGAGUUCUGCGUUAGACGCUUAGUACCAUCUAGUUAUCAGGAAGGCGUUGCUAAGAAUAUUUCGGAGUAUCCGGAUAGAACGACUCUUGAUGAACUGAAAGGAAAGGCAAAAGAACAACCAUCAAAAAAGAAGAAAGGAAAAGGAAAGGGAAAAGGUGGAGAGGGUGGAAGGCGAGCCAGAUAA